UUAGGGAUGGGAAGAUAUAAAUCCCAUGAUGACCAGUCACAGACAGAGCAUGUGAUUGUAGUUGAGAUUAACACAUGGAAAAUCGUCUGUGCGUGCUAUUUUUAAAGUGAAUGAGGAAAAUGGGAAUCGUGCAACAACAAAAAAACAACUAUUUUAAUACUUAGAGUGCAACACGACGCCUUCUCCUUUUAUCUCUUCCUCUAAACAAAGUUGGGAGUUUGAAUUUGGAGCAGUGGGCCUGAGAGGAUGUGAUCUGGUCUAGGUUUACAUCCCCUUUUACAUCCAAUGAAUUGUUUUGCUUGUACUUUGUGUUUCAAGCACAGUGGGAAGUGAACCUGGAUUUGAAAGUGCCAUUUGACAUUUAGUCUUCUGGUUUUUAAACCCAAUAGAGUUGAGUGUUGGACUGCACCUUUAACGCCUCUGCACGCGCCAUAGCGGUUGUGUUUGUCCAAUUAGUGUGUAGGUGGAGCACAGGAAGAAUCAGGCAGGCAGGCACGGGUCUUUUUUUUUUUCAGUUCCUGGACGCGGAGAAAAACGUGUCAAGUUUUCUUCCAGUUGCAUAAAGUAAGUCGCAGCCAGCAGCCGGUCGAUGAAGUCCGACGGUGUUGGAGGAAGAUUUCCCGAUGAUUGAAGUAUCGAUACCGUCUCUGGAGAGGGAAGUGGAUGACUCGGGGAAGUCCAGAAAGCUUUUCAGAGUGGAAGUCUUGUUUCACGGGAGGAAACAUUAUGUGCUCAGAAGAAGCAGCGAAUUCCAGACUCUCCACAGGAAACUCAGGAAGAUCACCCAGACUCCCGACUUCCCGAGCAAAAGGAACCCCCAUCUGAGGACCAAACCAGCGGAGCAGAGGAGGCAGGAGCUGGAAGACUACAUCCAGGAUAUCAUCUAUCAAGACGAAGACGUGCCGCAGGUUCUGCUGGACUUCCUCCAUGUGAAACACUUUCACACGGGGAUCAAGAAGAGCAGCAUGGAAUCAGUGGAUGAAUUGGACAGUCAGGAUUACAGUUAUCCGUUACCAAAUCAGCCAGUGUUGGGAUUUUUUCAGGAUCCUUAUCUCUCUGACUGCACAUCAGAUCUCCCAGAUAUUGUUGUGGAUGGGGUUCUUCAGGGUUUUUAUCCCCGGGACGUCCGGGUCAGCUUCACCGCCCCCAUUCUCACCGAGCCCGACCCCACCACUUCGAUAGAGGCCUAAACUUAUAAUUAGAUGUAAGAUUCAGUGUUUUAAAAUAGAAUAUACAAUACAGUCAAAUACACAAUGCCAGCAAGAAAGAUAAAUGAAAAAAGCCGUCGGCAUACACUUGCAUACAUGAUACAGAAGAAAAAGAGCCUGAAAUAGGUCACCGUCUCAGGUAGUGCACCUGAAUCUCAUUGUAUGUAAACGCAAUGACAAUAAAGGAAUCCUAUCUUAUCACUGGAUGCUUUUGUCCAAAAUCAGCAGCCCCAGUGGGAUUUAAAUCCAAAACCCAGGCUUUGUUGUUCCGAUACCUGUUGAAUUGUUCAACCAUUUCAUAGCCCUUUGAGAAUCUCAUAUUGAGGCCAAACACCAAAAUUCAUAUUGAAACUUAGUCACUCAAUAUGUCUGUUUUUAGUCAGUUUAAGUAGCACACAAACAGUUUUUAGGGGUCCCAUAUUGUAAAAAGUGAGAUUUCUGUCUUUAUUAUAAAGCAGGUCGAGGUGCUGUGUUAAUACUGUGAAAAUGCUUAAUUUACAGAGAGAUGCACACCGGUCUUGUUCAGAAUCUGUGCCUUUUUAAAGGAGCCAUCAGGACUUGUGUACGGUUGUGAUGUCACAACUAUACUAUAUAUAGGUAGAAAGCGUUGUUACAGUGCAGUUAGUCAUUCCCAGACUGCAAUGAAGGUGCAGAGACUCCGAGAGCGCAACUACGGUAGACUCCAGAAUGCUGACCAAUCAGAGCAGACUUGGCUUUUUUUGGGGGGGGGCAUAAAGAGACAGGCGUUACAACUGAGCGUUGCAGACAGAAGGUGAAUACAGGUAUGUUCAGACAGUAUGAGAUAAAUGUGUUUUUUUAACAUUUUAAGCAUGUACACAUGUUCUAGUAGAAACCAAAAAUACAAGAAUAAACCUGAAAAUAAGCAUGAUAUGUCUCCGUAAAUGGAGAUGUCCACAAGAAAACCUGUCUAUUAUCCCUUUUAGCGACUAGUUUAGUUUAAUUUAAUUUAAAAAAAAUGAAGGCACAGUGUGGAAGUGUAGAAAAUGACUUGAAAUCCAGGCAGCUGAUAGGGUUGGGUUUGUAUUUUUUUUUAGAUAUUCUUGUUUACAUUUCUGUCAAAGUUUAGACAGAUUUAUGUAUAGUUUCUUAUAUUCUAUACUAUAUUUGUAGUAAUUUGAGUUUAUUGAGGCUGAUAUAAAUUUGUUUUUUGGUGUUUGGUCAAACAUGAUCAGCCUUUGAUGGCUCGAGCCAAAUACACAUACUAAGGCUUUAUUUUGAAGCACUUUGUUCAGUGUAAACAAAUGUUUUUGGAGCUAUAUGUACUUUUGUAUCAUCUUGUUUAUAUUGAAAUUAUAAUAAAGAACCACACACGACUCA